UCAAGAAGGCAAUAGAAAUUUACUUUCAAAAUAUUAAUCUCAAAAACAAAAAUUUGGUUUAUAAUAAUUUUAUUUAUGGUGUACAUAUUCAUCGAAAAGCAACAAUAUAUAUCGAAUGUUUAGUAUCUAGCUUUGAGAUGUCAUUUAUGUUUUCAAUAAUGUUUGGAGUAGUUGCUAUGAGUCUUAAUAUUUUUCAAUGUUUUCAGAUCUUAUCAUCUGAACUUAAUGUUGAGGAAUUUCUAAUACAUUUGAUGAUAACAUUAGCUUUUUAUAUAUACAUGUUCUUUGCCAAUUAUUUGGGACAAAAAGUUACAGAUCAUUUUAAUCUUAUAUUUAUCACUGCAUACGAUGUCCGGUGGUACGCAACUUCUAUAUAUAUACAAAAAUUGAUUCAAUUUUUGUUAUUAAGAAGCAACAAGCCUUUUGAUUUGAAAAUUGGUAAAAUGUCUGUGGGCUCCUUACAAUGUUUUGCUACGCUAACAAAUGCGACCGUGUCUUAUUUUAUUGCCAUGAAUUCUGUUAAAAAAUGAUGGAAGUUACAAUCGAUCAAUAUACA